GAAGUCUGGAAGAAAAUCCACGGUCGUAUGAAGAGUAUAAAGUAAAGUCAAAGUAUUUCUGGGCGGGAGGAUAGAAACCAAAGUAAGGAACGGGGCCACGCUGAUGACCUGAGGCCUGUUUCACAAAAGCAGAAUUUAGAAAUCCAGGAUAAGAGAGAAAGCCAGGCUGGACCUGCUGUGAUCAGAGCGUCCUGGCUUCAUAAAGGCCAAACCAGCUGAGGAGGUGGAAGUAAUUCAGAUCAGAGACCACGCGGUCGAUCACAGAUUCACUGAUGCUGAGAGCCAUGAAAGUCGUGUGCGGCGUACUUUAUUCGCCGUUACUCACCGUGUGUAAAGAAGGUUUAUGAUGAAAAAAUGCACAUAAUAUUAAAAAUAAGUAAAGAAAGAAACACGUGACAGUAUUAAAACAAAGCGUGUCGGAGGACAGAGAGACGACUUAAUGAGUAAGUAGCUCAUAAUUAUAACGUUACCAUGAAGGGAGCAGUGGACCUUAAUGUGUCACUCAGCAAAUGUAUUAAUUACAACCACUGAUCAACAUCUGCUGUCUAUUCAAUUAAAUUUAGUAUCAGUAUAUAAAGUAUUUCUUUUCCUCAUGGUAUUGUGUGUAUAUGUGUACAUAUACAGAUAGAAAAAGUAACUGUUGGAAAGUGGUGGGGACAUAAGGGCUCAGAUUAGGGGCGUGACGAUGCACCUUUUAACCAUUUAACCCUACUUGAAGUAAUAUUCACUGCUGAGAUACAUACUGAGUCUGACUGUCAGAUGGUUUUGAACAUUAAACACUUAAUUUUCUGAUUUCUGGAGAAAUAUUCUGCACCAGUUUGUGGUGGAAAUGUCUUUAUUCAUAUAAAAAGGAAACACAAAAUUCAGCUGGCAGGUGAUAAUUCAAAAUAUAAUAAUAUAAUGCAGGAACCAGCAACAAGUUUCCUUGUUUGGACAAUGAAAAUACUGUAUGAUGUUUUUAACUUGAGGCUGCAGUCCUGCAGUCUGACAGCCAGUCUAUCAGGUCAACACUUCCUGCUGUGCUAAUGAAUGUCUUUUACAAACUGAUGUCUGAACUGCACACACUUGAACAAAUUAACUAAAUAAAAAACAGGACUAGAUGUGGAUUUAAAAAGAAGCACUGAGGAAAGAGAGGCGAUCACUGCAAAGCACACGUGACUGUAGCACGAUGUAUUAAUCAUUGUUUUCUCUCCCAGCAGAUGAUCCCAGGGAGGAAAAACAUCCCCUCCCUGUUGUUUCAUGAAGACUCGGCACAUCAUAGCCUCCGUACUGAAGUGGGCCUGGAAUUUGGGAGUUUUAUACAAUUAUGAAAGCUACUGAAAAUGAUUUAGGCCUAUUUAUAGCUCCUGUAUAGUGCGCGUGCCUACAUUUCAUUUUUCAGGCACGAUAUAACAUCACAGUUCUGUCACUUAAGAGCUGUGAUAUUUUUAGCUUCUCACACUUUCUUAUUACUGUGCCCGAGUUACUUUUCCUUUUCUUUAUCAUUUUCCUUUACAUGUGCUUUCAUUCCACGUGAACCUGCUCACUGUGUGCAGUUUGGUGCGCGCGAAGCACAAACUGCUGUUUUAAUGCAGGCUGAUGGAAAACAUGUGAAACACACAGGAGAACAGGGAGCGACUGGGAAAAACCCACUCAGGAUAUCUGGAAAAUCCAGACUUAAUCCGCUAUCUUGGUUUUGUGAAACAUUUAUCUAAAGCGUCUAAAUAAACGUUUUUACUUCCGCUGCUUUUAUUGUGAAGGUCAGGAGUCACACCUCGUGACUUCCGCUCGUGAUGUAAACAGUGAAGAUGGCGGCCUGCUGUGUGCGUCGCGCUGUCCUCAGGUUCAGGUGUCCAGGAGGAAACGUGAGACAGAUCUCAGCUGGAAGGCUGCAGAGCGGCGGCUGUGUGACUCCGGAGUCUGUGCAGGGGACGCACUCGGCAUGCUGGGUAAAAGUAAGCAGCUGUGAGUUCAUCGGUACAACUUUCCAGAGCUCACAGAGUGGAGGAGGAGGAAGAGGAAGAGUGCUGUGGGCGGCAGUCGCUUUUUCCCUGUUCGGCAGUACUGAUGAAGACCAACGAGAUGAAGCCCAGCAGAAAGAGGAUGAAAUGAUCCUGCUGCUGAAGAAGGCCAAGCUCAGUAUAUAUCGGGGGCAGCUGCAGGCCGCCUCUGGUUUCCUCCAUCAGGCCGUGGUUCUGGCUCAUCAGACCCACAACAACCAGGCCAUCAUCUACACCUACAGUCUGAUGGCGAAUCUGGCCUACGUUCAGGGUCAGCUGGAGCACGCAGAGAAACUCUUCAAGGCGGCGAUGAGCUUCAUGCUGUCGGGAGGAACUCCACAGGACGACAACGCUGUCAUCGAGAUGUCUCUGAAGCUCGCCACCAUCUACGCCGAGCAGAGCAAGGCGGAGCUUGCAGAGCACGGGUUCAGGUUCUGUACGGAGUCCCUGGAGGCCAAACUGGAGAAACAGAAGGAGGUCCCUGCAGAGGAGCGGACAGAAGAGCAGGAGGAUCUGAGGAAGGAGACCCGCCUCCUGCUCGGUCUGUGUUUGGACUCGCGGGCUCGAUACCGAGCUUCAACGUUGCACCUGAAGCAGGCCGGACAGGACUACCAGAACGCCCUGAACAUCUGCCGCCAGGAGCAGGGAGAGACACACCCCCAGGUAGAGACACACCCCCAGGGAGAGACACACCCCCAGGGAGAGACACACCCCCAGGGAGAGACACACCCCCAGGGAGAGACACACCCCCCCCCAGGGAGAGACACACCCCCAG